AUGGGGGAUCAGAAGGCUCAACAAGCAGGUCAUGCAAGAGCCAAUGAGCUUCUUCUCCUUCAGCUCACCUCACGUAUCAAGGCAAACCCUUCAGUCGACCUCAGUGAUAUCCUAGCACAGCAAACAAGUUCAUACCCGAAAUUGCGCCGAUCCCUUGCGGGGCAAGAGCAGACACAAGGGGCAGGCGAAAGAGCUGCCCCCCCUGCUCCACAGCCUCAGUCAGCAUAUCAACUGGAAGCUUCUGGGACUCCUCAAAUUAUACAUCCCAUCCACCCCCUGCUUUCUCAACGUCUGAAACUACCUAUUGAGGCUGGCGCAUGGCUCCACCCGACUCAGAACUUCAGCAAAGAGAGCAUCGCCAUCCUUAACAAGGCAAUCAGGAAUGGUACUCCAUUAGGUAGCGCAGGUGGUACUCCUGUCGUCAACCUUGGAUCAUCGAUUGUGGUCAAAUUUGGUCGCUCCCUCAGUACUGACCAGAUCAAAGUACUCCAAUGGAUCAAAGCCCAAGACAGUCGCUUUCCUGUCCCUGAUGCCCUCGGCGCGCUUGAAACGACUGACCGGACAUAUCUUUUUAUGACACUAGCAGAGGGUGUGCCUCUGGAAAAGGUGUGGCAAGAUCUGUCUGUUCUUCAGAAAACAAGCAUCAGGUCUCAAUUGAAUAGGAUUUUUGAACGUUUACGAUUAUUCUCACACCCUCAGCACUCUCCACUCGGCAGUCUUUCUUCUCGAUGCACUGAUAUGCGGAGGAGCGAGCGCACCUCCUCGGUCACCAUUAGUAGCGAGGCCGAUUUCAACGACUUCCUUUGCUCACACCCGCAGCGAGCCCGGUCGCGAUGGAUUAAGCUCAUAAGAAACUCCAUGCGGGAUGAUCAUCGGAUUGUCAUGACGCACGGUGACUUACACCCUAAGAACAUCAUGGUUACUUGGGAUGGGUGUACAGCAUCAGGUCCCCAGUCACAUGUGCCAAACGCCGAAAUACGAAUCCAAAUCACCUCCUUACUCGAUUGGGAGUUCAGUGGGUGGUAUCCUCAAUACUGGGAGUUCGUCAAAGCUCUCAACACGAUUGGACGAAGAGAUCCUAUGUCUGACUGGAUUGAAUAUCUGCCGCCAUCAAUAGGAGUAUGGAUGGUAGAAUAUGCCCUUGAUUCGCAAAUUAGUCGUUGGCUAGGUGAAUGA